CCUCGGCUGACGUCCGCCGAGAUCCCAGAUCCCGGCACGCUGAGGUUCCCCGCGGCUACAGCCUCCGACAGGGACCGAGUGGAGGAGCCACCGUAAGCUCCCCGUUAGGACACCAGAGCUCCGGGAGGUGCUUGGAAAGACGGACGGAGUCACUAAGACAGGCAUCUCCUGGGUUUGGCUCGGCGUGGUGCACCCCGCUGUCAUUCCAGCGCUCGGGAGGCUGAGUUCAAGUCCAGCCUGAGCUACUAGCCAACUAGCUUGAUUUUUUUUUUUUUUUAAAUAAAUGAACUUCUCGAAUUUAGACUUCGGUUGAAGUAGUUCAAUGCCUGAAAAGCCACUCUACAGAUCCUGCCAAAGAGAUCCGGACGGUGUGCAACAGCCACUGCUCUAGCGGGGUCUUGCAUUUUCCUCAUUAGACCAAAAUCCCAGAUGGAGAGGAACCCCUUUGGCGGUACAGGUCCUAUCCACGUGCCGCUGGGGUAUAUUGUGGCUAAUGAAAAAUGGCGCGGGUCCCAGCUGGCUCAGGAGAUGCAAGGAAAAGUUAGAGUCAUUUUCCAGGAGGGCCUGGCAUCAGCAGAUUUUUACCUGUCCAGUAAAUCUUGCAUUCUCUAUGUCACCGAAGCGGAGUUGGUGGCUGGACAUGGCUACAGAAAGAGACUUGUUCGUCUUAGAAAUUCUGGACAUCUUCAAGGGAUUAUUAUAGUUGAAAAAACACAGACAAGUGACCAGUACUUCCCAGCAGCCCAGAAGUUUGCUGUGCUAGACCUCGGGAUGGUGUUGCUUCCAGUAGCCAACCAGUCAGAAGCAGCCUGCCUCAUCAUCCAGCUGGUUCAAGAGCAAACCAGAGAACCCAGCAAGAACCCUUUCCUGAGGAAAAAGCGCUCCGCGCUCUCUGAGCUGUCCCUCCUUCAGACUGUGCAGCAGAUCCCAGGGGUUGGAAAGGUUAAGGCCCCACUUCUGCUCCAGAAGUUUCCAAGCAUCCAGCAACUGAGUAACGCCUCCAUCCAAGAGCUGGAGGAGGUGGUCGGGCCCACGGUAGCACAGCAAAUCCACACCUUCUUCACCCGGAGACAGCAGCCCCGCAGCUAACUUUUCUUCCUCCAGACCACAAACUUCAGGGUCUGGCUUUCAUAUUUUAAAAGGAAGGAAAAGUUCCCCUCUCCGUGGCAAUGAGCUAAAGACAGGGAGAGGGCUGAUGCAGUCACCCUGCCUCAUUGUCCAUCCGGGCAGUGACCUUGUGGGCCUCGGGGGCUGCGGGUGGCACUGCCACUUUCUGUGAGGAUGGAAAGGAUCCCGUGGGGGAUCAUCCCAAGAGCGCCAGAGACUCAGCCUCAGUGGCAGCGUGACGUUCCAGGUGGCGGCUGUGAGGACCUGGCGCUGUAUAGGGAGUGGCCCUGUCUCCGUGUCAGAGCCGCAGUCCAGGUCACUGCACAGCCCGUCCUCCAGAGCUGCUGCCACGUAAACACACCUUUCUUUCCCCAAUCUCCCCUCCUUCCCAACACAAUAAAAAUAUAUUUAUUUUGUGCCUUA